AUGAAAUCAAGUUCAAUCCUACAACUUACAAGACCCUGGAAAAAAUAUAGAGAUGGGACUUUGUUUUAUGGUUUGUCAAAAGCAGGUAAUAGAAGGACCGCUUUAACAACAAAACAAGGUAAUAAGACUAUGUAUAAAGGUACAAGAUCUUCAGGGAUAGGUAGACAUACUAAGCACGGUCAAUAUGUUAUUCAAUGGAAUAAAGUAAACACUUUUGUAGUUCCUCAAUUUGUCAACUUGGAUUUAAAACCUUUGGUCAGUACGAAUUUACCUGAGCUGAAACAUGAAUUCACUGGGUAUUCUAAAGGUCCAUUGGAUACCAAGCUAUAUUUUGAUAAAUUAAGACAGUUUAUUGAAUGUGGCAAUAUUCAAAGUAAAGCUGUGGAUAUUAAUUGUUAUGUUGAAAGAGGUUGA